AUGAUGAGCAAAUGGGUCUUUCUGGUACUUAUCGUCUCCGUUGUCGUCUCUCUGAGAAACCCCAAAGGUGACACAGAACCCUCUGCUUCACCAUCUUCUUCAAUCGAUUCUUGGAUUUCUGUAGAUUUUCUUUCUGGUAUCGAAGGAGGUGCCCUCAAUCUCGAGUACGAUUUCUACCGAGAAACGUGCCCUAAUGCGGCGAGAAUCGUCAGGUCCACCAUGAGUCGAAUAGUCUUUGAGCACAGGACCGCCCCAGCGCAACUACUGCGUCUCUUGUUCCACGAUUGCUUCAUUGAGGGCUGUGAUGCUUCAGUUCUAUUAGAUGACAGCAAUGGGAAUAAGAAUCACUCCAUUGAGAAGGAUGCAAUUCCGAACAAAACAUUAAAGGGGUUUAAUCAUAUUGAUCUGAUCAAGGAGGAGCUGGAAGAAGUUUGCCCAGGGGUGGUUUCUUGUGCUGACAUUCUUGUUCUUGCUACUAGAGAUGGUGUUCUUAUGGCGGGUGGUCUAUACUAUCCCGUGUUGAUGGGCAGAAGAGACAGUGACCGGUCAUACUUUCAAAGAGCUAUGGCUGAAAUCCCAAAGCCAGACGGCAAUGUCACAGAAACACUUCGCUUGUUUGGGCUCAGAGGAUUCAGUGAAAGGGAAACUGUUGCACUUCUAGGAUCUCAUAAUAUAGGCAAAAUUGGUUGUGAAUUCAUACAACCAAGACUAAACAACUUCUUGGAGACUGGACAGCCAGAUCCAACCAUUGCUGCUGAUUUUAUUGAUGAUAUGAUAACGAACUGUGGAGACGGCAACAGCAGUGCCAGGAAUGGGGCUCCUUCGCCCAUUGGAUCAAGUGCUAUGAAUGAGUCUAAUGUGGGGAUGGGUUCCUACCAGGAAAUGUUAUCUUCUAUCUCUUCUGGAUCAGGCUUUGACUCUCAUUACUAUCAGAGUUUGCUGAGAGGGAGAGGGCUUCUAUUUGCAGACCAGCAGCUUAUGGCAAACGAGAAGACAGCUGAAGCUGUUAGAGACUACGCUGCUGAUGUAGCAUUAUUCAGAAUGGAUUUUGCCAGGGCCAUGGUGAAGUUGUCAAGCCUUGGAGUUCUUACUGAAUCUCAAGGACAGGUCCGUCACACCUGCUCCUUGCCUGUAGUUUCUAAUAAGCAGAACCUACCAAAGUAAACACCAAUUUCUUCUCUUCUUAUCAGUUUGAAUAGAUAUACCCCUUUCUCUUGAUG